UGGCAGGGGCGUGCUGCGGGGCCCGGUGCUUUCCGCUGCACGCCCCUUGGAGCCGGGGUCCCUGCUCGUCGCGGAGCCGCUAGCUCCCGAGCCGCGCCGCUGGUAGCGGUCGGUGAAAGCCCAGCUGGCCUGACCCUCUUCGUUUCUUUCCCCGGAGCGGCGCCGGAGAUGCUCAUCCACAUGGAUCAGAAGGAGGAACUGCGGUUGUCCCGCUCCUGCGAAGGGAAGAGUGCUCUGAGCGGCACCUCAGCUGAUGGUGGGAUUGUGAGCACAAAUGAAGACAAUGCCCAUCAAGGCAUCCCCCGGCCAGUGGAGCCCAAGGGUUUCUGCUCAGGACUCUCCGAGGAGAACAGUUCCCAGGGUCCUGCACAGGACCCUGUUCUGCCACGCAGGUCCGAAAGGAUUCAGAGUUCUCUGGGGAAGAGGCCAAGCCGAGCGGCACUGUGUGGAAAAAGCUCCAGGAGGCUGCCGGAUGUUAUCCAGCAGAGAAACCGUUCCAUGGGGAAACUGACGAUACAUGGGGAGUGCGGGAAGAGUUUCCAGAUGAACUCCAACCUCAUCCAGCAUCAGAGAAUCCACACCGGAGAAAAACCCUUCUCCUGCACCGAAUGUGGGGAGAGUUUCCAGCACCGGUCACAUCUCAUCCAGCACCAAAGGAUCCACACAGGGGAGCGGCCCUAUGAGUGCUCCGAGUGCGGGAAGAGCUUCAGUGUGAGCUCGAAGCUGAUCCAGCACCAGGUAACCCACACGGGGGAGAAGCCCUACACGUGUGCCGAGUGCGGGAAGAGCUUCUUUAGGAACUCUCAGCUCGUCCUGCACCAGCGGGUGCACACUGGGGAGAAACCCUACGAGUGCGUGACCUGCGGGAAGAGUUUCAGCGUGAACUCAGCCCUGACACAACACCAGUGGGUGCACAACAGGGAGAAGCCCUACAAGUGUGCCGAGUGUGGGAAGAGCUUCUCCCAGAGCUCGAAGCUCAUUCAGCACCAGCGGGUGCACACGGGGGAGAAACCCUACGAGUGCAGCACCUGCGGGAAGAGCUUCAGCUUGUCCAUAGCCUUGACACGACACCAGCGGGUCCACACUGGGGAGAAACCCUACGUAUGCAGGACCUGCGGGAAGAGCUUCAGCGUGAGCUCAACUCUGACACGACACCAGCUUGUCCACACUGGGGAUAAGCCCUAUGAGUGCUCAGAGUGCGGCAAGAGCUUCAGCGUGAGCUCAAAGCUGAUCCAGCACCAGGUAACCCACACUGGGGAGAAGCCCUACAAGUGUGCCGAGUGCCCGAAGAGGUUCUAUGAGAACUCACAGCUUGUCCGGCACCAGCGGGUGCACACUGGGGAGAAGCCUUACAAGUGUGCUGAGUGCGGGAAGAGCUUCUCUGACAACGUGCAGCUCAUCCGGCACCAGCGGGUCCACACCGGGGAGAGGCCCUACGCCUGUGCCCACUGUGGGGUCAGCUUUCGACAGAGUGGCCACCUCACCGAGCACCUGCGCAUCCACACCGGGGAGCGUCCCUACGUCUGUGCUGAGUGUGGAAAGGGCUUCAGAGCGAGCUCGGCGCUCUUCCGGCACCAGCAGACCCACAGGGGUGGGGAGCCCUAGGUGGGGGGAGUUUGGGGAGCAGUGAGGUCUGAUACCCUGGGAGCAAAGCCCGGUGUCUCCCACUCCCAUUGACCACCCUGCUUGUGGAGGGUGAAAGCAGUUUCUUCCUAGGAGAAUGAGCCCUCAGAGAUGAAGAAGGGGAGAGGUGGUGGAGGGAGCUGAUUGGAGGUUUGGGGCAGGUGCCAGGAGGAAGGUGCGUGACUCUUUUCAGUAGUGGGCAGCCCCAGGAUGAGGAGCCGUGGGCAUGAACUGAAACAGAAGAAGUUUCACCUGGACAUGAGAAAGAACU